AUGAACAAGCUUUUGGAGUUUGGAAGGAAAGCGUUGUUCAUUGCGAGAGUCAUUACUGGACAAGAAGAGAGAAGAAUUAGGGCUCACAGAUUGAUGCUCCAGAAGCAGAUGGAACAGGUAUGAUCUAUCCCGUGUCGGAUUUACUUCCAGAUUGGGAAAAUAUAGGCCCGAACUAGUAGAUAUAUAGAUCGACAGCAUAAUCCGAAUAUCUUAUUCCUUUUUUUUUCCGAUUAGCUGCAGGGAUUUAUGGCACCAUCGUAAGAACUUCCUUUCUCUUUCACAAAUCGUAACAUUUUUCCCCUUGAUCACCAUGCUUCAUAGUACUACAUUUGUUGGAAGUAUCGACUUGGGUGGACAAAAUAUUUUUUCUAAAUCGGUCCAGCCGCCAGUAGAGAAAAUGAUCAGUGAUGAUUAAACUGUUCCCAAGUUGUUACUUGUAUCUGAUGAAAUGAUUGAUAAGAACACAUGAAAACGCAUGAACCUGCUUACGAUACGACCAAAACGUUCGUUCCUAGAAUUCAAGGCCGAGUGGCGGAGAUGGCUGAAGAUGAUCCAAGUAAAAAGUUUUUAAAUGAAAUUUAUCAUAACAUAAAACUUUAAUAAUUUUUUCAUCUACGUUUCACAUUUUAUUCUAAUCUCCUUUCGAUACAUUUGCAUGAAAUUCAUUGUAAAGAUUACUUCAUUUGUCUCAGGACUCAUCACGAAAACAUGAUCUGGGAAUCGCACUAGAUUCCUGUUUCAUGUCAUAUUCUCUUCGAUUUUCUUUUAAUAUAUAUAUAUAUAUAUAUUUAGUACUUUUCUGUAGAUUUUAAUCAACUUGAAAUUCCAAAAUUGCCUGGAAUUGAUAAUUUCCUCAUAAAAUAGAUUUUAACUGACAAUCUUGUUCAAAUAUCACUGUUUUUAUCUCCUCCUCAUCUUCUUCAUCUCGUCAGGCACAAGUAAGGAAGGAAGCUUUGAGAAGGAUCCCCGAACAAGUCAUUCUGGCUGAGGUCCGACGCAUGGUGCAGGAGAUGCAGACAGUUCUUCACAAAUUUGAAGAAACGGUAAGCGAUCUCAAACAUCUUCUUGCAGCCAUAUCUUUCAAAUCAUGCAUGAAAUGUACUAUCUGAUGCAUCAUACCGAUAUCAAGCAUUCAUCUAUGCGAUUUCUCAUCAUCCAGCACCACCUACUGGCACUCGUACUGAAUCUUUGUGGUUCUGUGAAGGGGAUAUCUCUGCAUCUGCCGAUCAGUACCUUCUCCUAACAAUGCGCGUCUGCCUGCAGGAAGCUGCCAUCGAGGAGUACCUGAAACCCUUCGACAAGAACGCCAAGAUCAUCAUGAACAUGCAGAUGGAGAAGGAAGAAAAGAGCGCCAAGCAGAUGCUGAAAGCCAUGCAUGAAGAGGCCGUUCUGAAGAAGUCUGAGCAAGAGAGAAUAGUCAACCUCAAUGACCCGACCGAGAGCCAGAAGGAGUCAGAAUUCAUUACCACGAGGGAAGAACGAAGCAGGUGA